AGAGAAUAUGGUACUUGAGACAGGCUUCCCCGCGGGUCGUACAUCGGAGCGAGGAGACAUACAUGAGUAUAUAUAUUAGAGAGGAGAUGCACACAUAGACUAGUUGAAUAUACCUCAAGUGCAUUGAGAACUGUGAGCUGACGAAAUGCGGACUCUUGCUUUCCUGUUGUUCUUCACUUGGCUGUUCACUGCAUCUGGGACGAUUCUCGAGAACGGUCAGGCGCGGUUGAACCCGUAUCCAGGGCAAGCGGAGGUUAUUACGCUGGACAACAAGACAUGGAAGACCUACAAGCCUGGUGUAAAGGAGCUUUCCUACAAGGGCAGAUGGGACGACAAGCAUAUUUCUUCUCGCCUUGUCCUUUGGCCAAUACACGAGUCAAGGUGUUCUCGUCGCAUACAGGACUGGCAAUUCUCGAAUGUCACUGCCAAUGCCACAUAUCAAUUUAUUGGCCCUACCACGACGGGACUCAAUCUCACUAAUGCUGGCGACGCAAAGACUUUUGAGCUGAGAGGUAAGGCACAUCUCCAGGAUCCCGAGUACCCGAAGAUGGUAGAAAUUAUCGGAGACUCGCUGAGCUCCGGCGACUACGCUACAUAUGAAGGGCUAUCCUCCUGGGCGUACGAUUUCGCAGCAGGUCUCGGAAACGUAGAAUACUCCAUUACUGCCUAUCCCGGUAUCUGCCUUCACGACCAGAAUUGCUGGGGAAAUCCCCGCGGUCAGGCCUACCAAUGGUACCGCACCUCCGACACAUCCUGGCGCGCACACGAGAUCUACGGCGACAAUCCACCCAGGUGGAACUUUGCAGCUCAGCGCCCAGCCGAUCUGGUUGUCAUCAACAUUGGCACAAAUGACAACAACCCGACGAACAAUGUCUCCAGCACAGACUACUACAACGACUAUGUCGCUCUCGUGGACAACAUCCACAGGAUCUGGCCCAAGGCCAAUAUCGUUCUCAUGUCGCUUUGGGGUGGCUUCGGAGCUUCGGGGGAUACAUACUUGCAGGGCCCUAUAUGGGUGGAUGAGAUUAAGCGGGUUUACCAGCAUUACGAGGGGAAGGGGUUCAUCCAUUACUUCGACACGACGGGGAUCCUGCAGCACAACGAUAUCGCUCCGCAGUGGCAUCCCACUGAUGUUGGACAUUUGAAGAUUGCCGCGCAUCUGAUGCAGUGGGUGAAGUUGAAGUUUGGGUGGGAGUUUGGGGCUACCGGGCCAGAGGUGCAUCAUGGGACGUUGUACUGGAAUGAUCAGGCAAAUUACUAG